AUGGGUUCGAGGGAUGUCUUGCCCGCGCGCCGGACGUCGGGAUGGGCGGAGCGACCCUGCAGCGGUUGUUGGCGGGUGAGGCGAGACGCUUCUCCUGCCUCAGACGCUUUUCACGGCGUGGUACGGCGCCCAGAUGGCGAGGUAGCGUCUAAGGCGCGACGUGCGCGGACGGCUCAGCAAACGGCUUCUCCUCCUCGCUCCUCUCCUCCUUCGCUCGACAACCUUCCCAGAUUCAUCGCUCUCCACGCCCACACGCGUCGCGCACACGCCAAACACGGCAACGGUCUCGGCGGCACUUCGCCGAGCGCAUCGACACCUCCUCUUCGCGUCUCACGGGCCUCCUGCCAAUUCACCCAUCCAAAUCCUCCGACUCUCGCUCCUUCUCUCUCUUCUCCUCACUCGCUGUCUUCUUGCUCCCCCUCUCGCGCACACCAGAUCAAGAAUAAGCGACACAGGAUGCCUGCCUCGACUACCCUCGCCUCGACCGCCCUCGCCCUCCUCGUCGCCGCUCGCGCUGUCCUCGCAGCGACUUCGAUCCAGUCGCCGGCGCUGUACCAGUGCACGCCUGCUGCGUUCCAGUACGAGUGCGAUGCGCCUCCCUGCACCGUCGUUGCCCGCCCCUCGAACGACCCCACCUCGAUGAUCGGCGAAAUCGGCACGGUGAACGACGCGUCAGGUUCGAUCUCGUGGCGCCCUACCGUUGCGGCAGGCCAGCAAGUCACGGUCUACAUCACCGACAACAACGGCGCGGUCGGUAACAACUCUCCUACGACUGUUGCGGCUGGGACGUCCGACUCGUGCCUUUCGGGAGGCGCGGCUUCGUCAGGCGCAGGAGCGGCUUCGUCCGCGUCGUCGGGCGCAACCUCGGCUGCUUCGUCCGCCCACUCCUCCGCCUCGGGUGCCGCGGCGAGCGUCUCGUCGUCCCUCGCGAGCGCUACCUCGUCCCUCUCGAGCCGCGUCGACUCGGCUGUCGCGUCCGCCUCGAGUGCCGCCGCGAGCGCCUCGAGCCAGGCUGUCUCGACUGGCGCGGCGUUGAGCUCGUCUGCUUCGUCGGCUGCUGCCAGCGCCUCGGCCAGCGCCGACAAGGGCUCGGGCGCCGCCUCGAUCGCCAUCAACGGGUACGCCUGA